AUGAGCAGCGUUUUAGCAGCAGAUAGAAGACUUCAUCGACUUGCUGCUGCUGCUACUGCUGCUGCUGCUGCUGCUUCAACACAGGGAGAGAGGAGGCGCAGAGAAGCAUUUGUUAUACAAUCAGAGAAGGAACGCCGCCGUAUUGAACGGGGGAUCGAGGGCUCUGAAGACGAAGAAGAAGCAGCAGCAGCAGAAGAAGAGGAUGCAGCAGCAGACAGCGAAGCAGCAGCAGCAGCAGCAGCAGGAAGUUUAGACAGAGAACAGCUGCGUGCUUUAGCGCUGGAGAGGAGAAGAAGAGAGGAGAAGUUGCUGCAGCAGCAGCAGCAGCAGCAGCAAGAUGAUGACUAUGAUGAUGAAGCCUUUGAAUCGGAGUACUCAGACGUCUCUGAAGAAGAACAAGCAGAAACAAAUAUUGUCUUGCAUAAACCUACGUUUGUACCGAAGGCUAACCGAACGACAAUAUUUGAACGUGAGGCCCAGCAGCGACGAGAGCAGGAAGAAGAGCAGCAGCAGCAGCAGCAGCAGCAGCACCGAAAGCUGGAGACGAAGCAAAUGGUGUACGCUGUCUUAGCUAGAGAAGACGAAGCAGCAGCAGAAGCACCUGUUCUUCCUGUUGAAGCGCAGCAGCAGCAGCAGCAGCAGCAGCAACAGCAGCAGCAAGAAGCUGAGGGACAACUAGAAAUGCCAGAUGAUACCGAUGGGCUAGAUGCCGCUCAAGAGUAUGAAGACUGGAAGCUGAGAGAGCUAGAAAGAAUACGGCGAGAUAAAGAAGAAGAAUUAGAGAGGGAGAAAUUCCUGGAAGCGGUGGAGCGGCGACGACAGAUGACAGCAGAAGAACGAAGAGAAGACGACAAAGAGCUCGAUAAGAUGCAGCCAAAGAGAGAAAUCAGACAUAAAUAUAACUUCAUGCAGAAAUACUAUCAUAGGGGUGCAUUCUUUCAAGAUUUGGCUCGCAGCGGCGAAGAACCGAUAUACCUUCGCGACUUUAACGCACCUGUUGGAGAAGACGCUGUGGAUAAGAAGGCUUUACCGAAGAUACUGCAGUUGCGUCGCGGCGAGCUUGCAAGAGGAGGGCGAACGAAGCAUACGCAUCUGGUGGACGUUGAUACAUCGGACUUAUCGCAUCCUUGGAUGCAGGCUAUGAGGGAUCUGCAGGGACAGAAACUUCUUAAGAAAGCUGCAGGGGUUAAAGGGGCCCAUGACUUUGAGCGGCCGUCUCUACGUAAACACAAGCAAGAAAAUUAA